AUGGUUAAUUAUUACGAAGUCCUAGGACUGAACCAAAAUGCCUCGCAAGAAGACAUUAAAAGGGCCUACCGUAAGCUGGCAUUAAAGUGGCACCCUGACAAGAACCCUUACAACAAGGAAGAUGCAGAGAAGAAAUUCAAAGCUGUAGCUGAGGCUUAUGAAGUUCUGUCAGAUCCUCAGAAACGCGCUCUCUAUGACCGGCCUGUCAAAGAGCCAAGGUUCAGAGGGAGAGGGGCCUCUGGCACUUAUUCCCACAGCCCCUUUGAUUUUGACUUUGUGUUCCGCAGCCCUGAGGAGAUCUUCAGAGAGUUUUUUGGAGGAAUGGACAUCUUCGCACAUGAUUUCUGGGACAAUGAGUUUGACGAUGACAAUCGUCGAGAGGAAAACCGAACUGGGUUACAAAGUCCCUUUGGCCUCUUUUCCGGACUAGGUGCCUUUUCCAAUUUUGCGUUUAAUUCCCUUGGGCCCGGCGUGCACACUAUGUUCUCCUGCAGGUCCUUUGGCGAUGAUAGCAGUGGAGCACAGAAUUUCAGAUCUGUAGCAACUUCUACGGAAGUGGUUAAUGGACGGAGAAUCACCACACGAAAAAUUGUCGAGAAUGGGCAAGAAAGGAUUGAAAUCGAAGAGGAUGGUCAACUGAAGUCCAUAAGAGUAAAUGGAAGAGAACAGUUGAAAUGCUAAUAACGCUCCACAUGUCUGUCCAAA